UUCAAAAUGGGGCCUGUUGCACAAAAGUAGAAUUAAGACAUCCGGGAUAAAUGACUCAGCUGAGCUCAAUGAAGCCAAAACAUGUGCGUCCAGGCUUAAUUGGUUGCACAAAGACCAAGCCAGGAUGAGCAGACACGGAUUCAUUAAGCCAGGUGAAACCAAUCCUGGAUAGGUGCGCGCUCACGGCUCACUCAAAUAGACCCCGCCACAGAUCACAGAUUAACUGAUUUACCAUGGCAACUAGAGCCGCGUACUUUUCCCCGUCGGAAGCACAAAUCCUCAUGGAGGCAUACGAGGAGGUAAAAUAUAUAAUUAAGAAGAAAGGCAACACCGCCACAGUGAUAAAGCAAAGAGAAAAAGCGUGGCAAAGUAUUGCAGACCGCCUGAAUGCAUUAAACAUGAACGGGCCAAAACGGACAUGGCAGCAGGUCAAAAUCAAAUACAAGAACAUUCUGCAGAAUGCAGUGAAAAAGAAUACCCACAGACAAGGCACGGGUGGUGGGUCACCAAAGGCUGACCUUACCCCAGCAGAGGACAUGGCCUUGGAGCUAAAUAAAGGCAGGCCCGUCUUAGAGGGGAUCCCUGGGGGGAAAGAGACGAGCAUAGGUUCCUCCCAAGAUGCCACCCGCUUCAUUCAAGUGCCUGGCAGCACUGUGUUCCUGUUAGAGCCACCAGCACAAGCACCAGACGAUGCUGAUCCAGGUGAAGGCCCCAGUGCAGCAGCAACAGCACAUGAUGGAGACGAUGAUGAGGAGGAGACCAUCUCUCUGGAUUCCAGAAGGCAUGAGGACCCAGAUGCUAUACAGUGGGAAAACCAGCCUGGCAACAUAAGCUCACAAGCUAUCAGAAAGUUGUAUGGCAACCACCUCCGGCGCCAAAUAGAACUGGCAGACAUAGACAUUCAGUACAAGAAGAAAAAGAUGGAAAAUCUUGCACUGGAGUCCGAAAUAAAAAAGAGGACAAUUAGGAAACUGGACCUUGAAAUAAAAAAACUUGAGAGGGAGCUCCAAGAAGAUGACACAGCUCAAAAUAAAAAUUAGGUAUAUUCUCGUAAAGUCAAGUGAGCCAUGACAUAUGAGCUCUUAUUGUGAGCACACAGGACGGUGGCAUCUUUCUAAGGUUUUUUUUUAUUUUCCCAGCAAUCAGUACAACCAAGUCAUCGUUAUAAGGCAUCGCCCUCUUUUGCCCACCCCCCCAGCACCAGGUGUGGCCACUAGCCUAUAUGAAGGCCCAAAAUUGUGUGUUCCUUUCUGCUCUGACAAUGGCAUGCCCAUUCGUGCGAGAUGUGGUGGAUGAAGAAGCACUUGUGCUGAGGAGAGCCUUCAGGCGAGAAAGGGUCUUCAGGGACCAGUUGGACCCACUGGCCUUCCCUGAUGACCAUCUAUAUGAAAUAUACAGGUUUUCUGCAGAUGGCAUCAGGUAUCUAUGCAGACUACUGGGUCCCAGGAUUAAGCACCGCACUGCACGGAGCCAUGCACUGAGUGUGGAGCAAAUGGUUUGUGUGGCCUUGCGCUUUUUUGCUAGUGGAGCCUUCCUGUACUCAGUGGGGGAUGCAGAACAGCUGAACAAGGCCACAAUUUGCCGCACAAUAAGGAGUGUGUGUCUGGCUAUCAAAGCAUUAGCAGAUGUCUUCAUCUCCUUCCCUGGCCACAGAAGACUCUGUGACAUCAAAGAGGAGUUCUAUAGGAUUGCAGGUUUCCCCAAUGUCAUUGGUGCAGUGGACUGCACACACAUAAGGAUAAAAGCCCCCUCAGGUGCCCUCAGAUGGUCUGCAAUGCUGACUGUGUGAUCAGCAAUGUUGUGGCAAAAUGGCCUGGCUCAGUCCAUGACUCCAGAAUCUUUCGGGCCUCUGAAAUCUAUCAGUGCCUAUCACAAGGUGAAUUCUCUGGUGUGUUGCUGGGAGACAGGGGGUAUGGCUGCCAGCCUUUUCUCCUGACACCUUUCACAGACCCCCAGGAAGCACAGCAGGCCUACAACCAUGCCCAUGCCAGGACCAGGGCCAGAGUUGAAAUGACCUUUGGCCUCCUGAAGGCACGCUUUCACUGCCUUCACAAAUUAAGGGUCAGCCCGGUUAGGGCAUGUGAUAUUACUGUGGCUUGUGCUGUCCUCCACAAUGUGGCCUGCCUGAGGAAGGAGAGGGCCCCCAGAGUGCCACCAGCCAUGGACUGGGACAAUCCGGCAAUCUUCCCUGAUGACGACAGUGGUCGGCUGCUGAGGGACCAAUAUGUGUUGAAUUAUUUUAGUUAGUAUGUGUGCUUUCAAUUUUGGUUAAAUAUGUCCUGCGGUGGCAGAGGAAUUUGGGUUUUUGGGUUCGUUUUUGACGAAUUUGGCCUCUUAUGAUGUUUGUGCGGUAUACUGUGUGUAAUACAAGGCUGCAGGGAGGCUACUGCAUCCAUUCAUUUGUCUGUUCAGUUGAUGUGUAUGGAUUUGUCCUGCAUUUAUUUUAGUGUGCAGACAUGCAGGGUGUGUUAUAUACAGACCUUUGAAUGUGUAUGUAUCAUUUUGUAUAAUAUGCUUGGAUUCUGUGCUUUCCAUCUUGUAGAGUCACUGUGACUUCAGUUUCGAAAGGAGCUGAUGGUUUACCUGCUUUGUUUUGUCCUUAUUCAAUAAAGGAACAUAAUGUUACACAUUGUGUUUUUAUAUUCAUA